AUGCGGGAGAUGAGCAGCAAAAGAAGACAAGAGAGCAGCAGCUGUGUCUCUUCUGCUGCUGAAGAAGCAAGUUACUGGAGGGGACUUAGCCAGCAGCAGCAGCAGCAGCAGCAGCAGCAGCAGAUGCAGAUGCUGCUGCUGCUGCUGGUGCCAGCAGAGCAGCAGGCCUUGAACGAUCAGCACCAGCAGCAGCAGCAACAGCAGCAGCAGCAAGAAGAGCAUAGGCUGUGGCAGCCCGACGCCUUUCUUCAGCAGCAACAGCAGCUGCAGCAGCAGCAACAACUUCACCAGCAGCAUCAGCAACUCCAGCAGCAGCAGCAGCUCCAGCAACAGCACCAACUGCAGCAGCAGCAGCAACUGCAGCAGCAGCAGCAACUGCAGCAGCAGCAGCAACUGCAGCAGCAGCAGCAACUGCAGCAGCAGCAACACAUGUUUCCCCAUUUGCAGCAACAGUACAGGAGCUCGGGAUGUACCUACACUGAUGUGCCUGCACUGCCAGGAACUGCAGCAGCAGCAGCAACAAGAACAGCAGCAGCAGCAGCAGCAGCAGAAGCGGCAGCAGCAAAAGGACAACCAGCGCCAGCAGCAGCAGAAGCAGCAGCAGAAGCAGCAGCAGCAGCAGCAGCAGCAGCAGCAGCAGCAGCAGCAGCAGAAGCCACUAACGGCCUCGCCUAUGACAAGGCCCCACAAUAUGUGGCAGGCCCUCAUCAAGAGCCCUUCAGCUGCGCACCCACAGCAGCAACAGCAGCAACAGCAGCAACAGCAGCAGCAGCAGCAGCAGCAGCAACAGCAGAAGCAGCAACGACAGAAGCAGCAGCAGCUGCUGCGGCAGCAAAAGCAGCAAGGACAGUAGCAGAUGAAGGCUUUCGCGAGCAGCGGCUGCUGCUCCCAGGCGUCUCGUCAGUACUGCACCCCCUGCAGCAGCAGCAGCAGCAGCAGCAACAGCAGCGGCAGCAGCAGCAGCAGCAGCAGCAGCAGCAAGACAGUGCCGAGACUGGCCGCAGCGUCGACAGCAGCAACAUGGAGUCCCUAGUGCAGCGGCUCUUAGACUGCACUCAAGAACCGCAACAGCAACAGCAGCAGCAGCAGCAGCAGCAGCAGCAGCAGCAGCAACAGCAGCCAAGCGCUGCAGAAGAUAUAGCAGCAGCAGCAGCUGCAGCUGCAGCAGUCACUCCAGGUGCAGCCGCACCGUAUCAAGCUUCGAGGCAUUCCCCAGUGUCUCAGCAGCAGCAGCACCAGCAGCACCAGCAGCAGCAGCAGCAGCAGCAGCAGCAGCAGCAAGAGAAGACGGCAAAUCUGCUGCUGCAGUUGUGGGAGCAGAUGCAGCCAAAGGAGGUUUUGCCCACAGCUGCAGAGACGCAGGAGCUGCUGCUUCACCUGAAGCAGCUGUUUGUUGACUUCAGCAGCAAACGGCAGCAGCAGCAGCAGCAGCAGCAACUGCAGCAGCAGCAACAGCAACUGCAGCAGCAGCAUCAGCAGCAGCAACAGCAGCAGCAGCAGCUGCAGCAGCAACAGCAGCAGGAACUGCAGCAACAGCAACAGCAGCAGCAAUUGCAGCAGCAGCAGCUGCUGCAGCACCAACAGCAGCAGCGACUGAAGCAGCACCAGCAGCAGCCACACGAGCAGCUCCAUCAAUUACACCAGCAGCCGCUGCAGCAGCAGCAGCAGCAGCAGCAGCACCAGGAGCGGCUGCAGCAGCAAAGUUUAUCAUAUCCAUCCGGAGCCUGCCACUUGGGCAACGCCGCCAAGCAGCAGCAGCAGCAGCAGCAGCAGCAGCAGCACGAAAGCCAGCUGCAGCGGGAGCUGCAGCAAGCGCCCUCUAGAAGUGUAAGUUUCAUUUUGCAGCAGCAACAGCAGCAGCAAAAACGAGAGCAGCAGCAGCUGCUGCAGCAGAGCCAGCAUGCCUCUCAUGCGCAGCGAGCGCAGCAAGCUGAACAGCAGCAGCAGCUUCAGCAGCAGGAGCUGCAGCUCCUGCAGCAGCAGGUCCAGCAGCAGCAGCAGCAGCAGCAGCAGCAGCAGCAGCAAUAUUCCCCGCAGGCAUUACAGCGGGAGGCCCUCACCCAUUCUGCUGCUGCUGCACCCAAAGAGCAGCAGCAGCUGUGCAAGCAGGCUGAGCAGCACCAGCACCUGCUGCUGCAGCAGCAGCAGCAGCAGCACCAACAGCUGCAGCAGCAGCUACUGCAGCAGCAGCAGCAAGCAUCUGCAGGCACUUGGAGCAGCAGCCAGCAGCAGCAACAGCAACAGCACUACUGGGGUGCUGCAGCGCUGCAGCUGCCUGCUGCUGGGGCCCCGCUGCCGCAACCCUGCAGCAGCAGCAGCAGCAGCUGCAGCAGUUACGGCAGCAGCUGCAGCAGCAGUUACAGGUGCAGCGCAAGCAGCAGCAGCAGUUACAGCAGCAGCAGUAGUUACAGCAGCAGCGCCUGCCCAACCAGCAGCUGCAGCAGCAGCAGCAGCUGCAGCAGCUACAGCAGCAGUAGCUGCCCAAGCACCAUCUGCAGCAGAAGCAGCAGCAGCAGCAGCAGCAGCAGCAGCAGCAGCAGCAGCAGCUGGCCGUUCCCGGCCCCACCUCCGUACCCAUUUGCUGCAGCAGCACUCAAAAGCCGCACAGGGGGGGCCCCGGGGGGCCCCCUGAGGGGCCCCCUGAGGGGCCCCCCUAGAGAUAGCCUUGGGGGCCCCCCUAGGGGGCCCCCUGGGGCCCUUCUUGGGGGCCCCCUGGGGGGCCCCCUCGGGGGCCCCCCAGUAGCCCCUGCUGGGGGGCCCCCCUUGGGGGCCCCCGGGGGCCUCAUUCGCGAGGCAGCAGCAGCAGCCUAA